CAUUCAGUAAGCGGUCAUAUUUCACAGUUAAAAGUUCUCCGAACAGAUUUAAUUUUUAUUUUAUUUACAAUUGUGAUGAACGCGUGUAGAAAAUAAGCUUUCUGUUUACCCCCGAAUGCAAACAAUUGUGUGCCACAAAAGAAAAAUAUAAUUUAAAUGUGCAGACGAGCAUUGAAAAGCGACAAGUGGAAAAGUUUUGAUUGUGAAAGCGCAGCAGCAAGAUUUGUCAACGCAAACAAGCGAGAAGAAGAGACGCUGGAGAGGCGUAACAUUUCUUAAUAAUAAUAUAAGCAGAAAUCGCAGAAGCAGUCGCAUUCUCAGUCUCAGUAGAAACAACAACAGCAGCAGCUGCUGCCGCAACGGCAGCCAACAACAACAUUGCGGAAGCAGAAUCUGCCUUAUCGUGUUGCCCGUUUCCGCUCCCCUCUCUUCCGUUGGCGUGCUAAAAAUAAACCCACCCACACUCAUACUUAUCCACAACAGUCACACUCACAGCCGCCCAACCAACCAACCAUCCAACCACCCACCCAGCCACCCACACACGCACAAAUUUGGCAACAGCCGUUGCGAGAGGUGAACUUGUGUUGACUUUUCCAGCGCGCGGACGUUUCUGCGAAGGAAGAUGCAAAAAUGAGAAUUCACGCGACCAGGAUACAACUGGGAAUAUCUGAGCCGGAGGCGCCUUGAAUGAGAGUCCUUACAACGACAUGUCAGAUUUCGUGCCGCGCGACCUUCUCACCGAUCUGUGGGGGGAGAUACUCCGGCGCCACUGGUCGUAUCUGGAGAAGGAGGAGAACAUCGAAAAGCUUGAGGAGCGCAAGCAGCUGGAGGUUUGUCUCAAGGAGUUCCUCUGCUUGGUGCAGCACGAUCGAAAGUUCUUUUUGCCGGAGACUGGACAUGUGCUGCGGAAGUCUGUGCGUGAGCUGGGCGACUUUUCGGCCCAGAAUGCCUUAGUGGCAUUCGAGACCAUCAGCCAGUAUGCCAACAACUUGGUCACGAAACCAUGGCGCAAGGAAUAUCGAACGCUCAAGACCUAUUCGGGCUGCUACCAGCACGAUAUUCAAUCCCGACUGCUGGACGCCGAGCAGCUCUUCCUUGCUAUGGGCUAUCGACGCAUUUCGGAAGACACCUUCGUCCUGGAGGGACCUAUUUGCCCCGACCAGGUAACGAACGUGUCCCGCGAUGCCAUGGCCGCCUAUGUCGAGUGCCAAAUAAUGAAGCACAUCUACGCGGGCGUCACGGCGGCGGGCUACACCUGCACCUGGCGCGACAUCCUCCAGCAUCGGGAACGCCACGUGGGCGGCACUACGCAGGCCAUCAAGGACAUUGUGUACCGACUGAGCGAGAAGCGGGUGCGUAAGGAGCAGCCCCUGCAGGAGAACGUCUACAGCAAUGUAGCUGCCGGCAGCUGUGCCCUCCACGGCAACGGUAACCUCCCGGCCCAGCAGCUUCCCGGAAACCCCAACAGCUAUGGCAUGCAUACGAAUGGCUAUGGCAUGGUGCCCGCUUACCCGGCAACCCCAUCGCCGGCGCAGCAACAACAGCUGUCCGGCCCGCUGAUGACGCACUCGCGCAGCCUGGAACACUACCAGGAGCCGCACGCCCACCUGCCGCACCGCCACUCCUUCGACCAGCAGCUGCCGGUGCAUCACCAGUGCCAGCCGGUGCCCCACGUCUACGAGGCUCCGUACGACUGCCUGGACGGUCUGAGCAUGGGCAGCAGUGCCUCCUAUGCGGCUGUGGCCGGGGCCUACAAUGCCCCUGGGAAUCGAUUCCCCUUGCCCUACAACAUCUCCAGUCAACUGAAUGCCCCCUACGCCUCUCCGGCUGAUUUGUACGCGACUGGGGAGCAGAGGAACAUGUACGCCACGCUGGAAAAUCCGACGCACAGCUGUGACCUGCACCGGAGGCAGUUGCCCAGCUCGGCAGCCAUGCAGCACCGCCAGAGCACUUACCCGCCGGACCACCAUCUCAUCGACUUUGACGAUCGGGCCCAGCUGACGCAGCACGACUUUGGGACACACGAGUACGAUCCCCAAUACGCCGAACUGAGGCCACAAGUGAUGCCGAGUAUGCGCGGCAAUCCGGCGGCGAUGUACUCCUCGUACAGGGGCUACGACCUGCCCCCACCCGUGCCUCAGGCGCCGCCUCCCUCGGCCCAGGACAUGUACAUCUACGCCCAGCCUGUACCGAAGAGCAGCCGGAUGCGGGCACUGGCCGAAGCGGGUGGCAGUAAUCAGACUGACAAGCAUCUGCGUUCGGCGGACAAACUGAGCACCAUGGACAAUAAUCGCAAAAUGCCCAAGGAAUUGAAGGAGCGGGCCAGCCGAACAGCUCCUGCAAAGAGAUCCGGCAACGAACGUGAUAUUCCCACCACCAUCUCCGAUUUGAACAGCUAUGACUCGGCCAGCCUGGACGAUUUCGUGACGGUGGACAGCAACUCGCCACCACUGAUGCCCAAGGUUCAGGAGGGCGUUGGCAGCUUUGAGUCCUGGAACUAUGUCUUUAAAAAUCUCGAAAGAUCCAAUUACUCCAAGGAUCUGGGCGAUCGCGAGGACCUGCUGGUGCAAAGCCUGGAUCUGGACUCGCUGGCCAUCUCGAAUGGCGCUGCAAAUCCCCCGGAGAAACGGCGUGAGACGACGGCAAAGCCAUCAUCGCGGAAUAACGGAGAGCCGAACGGUGACAAGGCGCGCACACUGGACAAGAAAUCGGCAACUUCACGCCGUGAGGCGAAGGUGGUGCAAGCGCCGGCACCCAGUCCGCUGCCAAAUAGCAGUGCGCCCGGCGUGAAGAAGAAAUCGGCCUUGAAGACGGCGGUCGUGGACAAUCGAGGAACCGGGUCGCGGAGCCGCGGCGGUGCGGGCACGGGCACUGUGCCCAAGCAACCGCUGCCAGUGUCGCCGCAGCUGAUUGUGACGAGUCCGAACGAGUGGAGCUGUUGCUUCUGCACGUUCCUCAAUCCGGACACCAAGCGCAUCUGCGAGAUGUGCUGUCGUAGCAAAGACUUUAGCCUGGAGGCCGCCUCGGCGGCAUCUUCAUCAGCGGCUGCAGCGGCGGCGGCGGCAGCGGCAAGCAACGUGUCGCACGCCUCCUCGACCUGCGUCUAACCCGUUAGUGAUACAAAACAGUGUGUAUAGCUUGAUAUAUUUUUUAUAUGACCAAUGUGUAAGCCUGUGCGUGUCUCCAAGAUCUAGUCUCGUACGUUUGCCAGGCAGGCAGGCAGCCCUUUGUUCUCCAGGUCUACCGAUGUUGGGAUCUUGGCUCACGGUUUUUGUGCUGCAGUGUAGGAUUGUGUGUCGGCAGCGUGUACAUAUGAAGUAUUCUAAUUAGUUAUCCUUACCUGUAAACACACGCUUUAAUUAGUUUUAGAUUGUUUCCAAUUGUUAAGGGCGCUUCUGUUUCAAAUUACGUGCCUCCCUGUAUAAGUCAUCUACAUAUUAUAUAUUAUAUAUAUUUAUAUAUAUAUAUAUACCACAUAUAGACAUUUAUAUAUUUGUACGUGUGCUUGCGGCGCGAAAGAGUGAAAUUUAAACUUGAAACUUUUCUAGAAAAUCAACUGAUAAUUAUAUAUACCUUAUACUAAUAGUUGCGUUCACAAUACGUAUUUUCAGCGUAAUAGAAGUUGAUGCAGAGGAGGAUGCAGUCAAGUAUAUAUACCGGAAACUUGCAUAGAUAAUACACCUAUAGCCGUAAAAUAAGCGAUUUCAAUUCAAAGAUGAACCGGAACCGAGCUAAGCAUACCGCAAAAAAAAAUAACAGAAAAUAAUUCGAAAAUCGAACAGAACUGGUACGGGUUGUAAACUUGAAAUUUUUGAUUAAAAAUUUUACCGGAAAGGAAAGGAGUACGACAGGAUAUUAAAGCCAGAAUUUGUAAAGCUAACUUGUCAUCCCACCCACCCAAGCUAUAUGACAAUUCCCCGCCACACGAGCACCGUGUCCCAAAGCUAAUUUGUUUGUUAAAAGAAAAAAAUGUUACUCUAUUGAUUAUUACGAAAUGUUACGAAUAAUAGCAUCCUCUGGUAGAAACGAAAGCACUCGACAUAUUUUUGUAAACAAACGAUACCGCGUACCUAUGAAUCUUUGUUAAAUGAUUUAUCCUGUUUUUUGUUUGAUCCCCGAUGUUUGCUCAUUGAAUCCCCUUGAAAAUGCCUUUCCUGUAUAUAACGUUUGCAAUAAACAAAGAGUUAUUCAAUAAAAUACUAAACUUAAAGAAAGCUAAACUGAUAAAGAAUUGAAUCAAUAAAAGUAAACUUCACUAAAGCCAUUUAGGCACAACCUUCGCUCAAACCAUUUUAUUAAAUAACUUUGCAUACUAUAUUACUGAAAGAAUUUAGAGGCAGCUCUUCCUAAAAAAAAUCCCUAACGAAAAAAAAACAAUAAAAACAUUUUGAAAAAGUUUAA